AUGGCCCGCCGUGCUCCAGCGACCCCACAAGAAAUCGCUGCCCGAAUUGCAGAAGUAAGGAUGAGAGAGACCGAUUCUGGUGGGAGUCCAUCAAGAGGAGAAGAACCAGAAGAUUUGUCAAAAACUAUCGUCCCCCUUGUCUCUCCUCAGGAUGCUGGCAAAGUAGUAGAAGCAGGAACAUAUUCACAGGAUGUGCCCACAGGUGUUAAGGACAUAGAUGAUCUCCUAAGAUGGGUGCGUGAGUCAUUCCCAGGAGCUUAUGUUCAGAGAACAGAAGAAGAUGAACAGGAGGGCUCCAUUACUGUUCCAGAUGUAGAAGGUUCGGGAAAUAACCAGGUUGGGGGUGAAGAUGCUGCAGAAAAAGAAGCAAACCCACCACAAGCAGAAGAAACUGUUGGAGAAAGAAGUACAGAUGCUCCCACUAGUGCUGAAGAAGAGGCUACUACUAUUCUAAGUGAGGUUUUGGAAGAUCUACACCGACAUGCUGAAGCACCUAUAGAAACAGAACAUGUCAUAGCACCUGUUAUAACAUCUUCUGCAACAUCUGACAGUUCACAUAGUUCUGAUGAGAUCCCACUCAAAGAUCGUGUUGCCCAGAUUGCUAAAGGGAAGAAGAUAGUGUCUAGAAAGAAGGCCCUGUCAAGGAAGAAAACCCAGAAGAAGGAGAAGGUUAGCAAGUCCAAGAGGAAGUCUUUCUCAGAUGUAGAAGUAGAAGUCUCUCCAAGGCUCAAGAGGAAGUGUACUGAAGCUACAAAACAGGGGGAGAAACCAUCAGUAAGUUCUAAGAAAGAAAAGAAGAAGAAGGCAACUCAACAGGCAAAAGAUGGUGAUGAAGACAGACUCCUUGAUAAAGCAUCCAAGAAGAAGUUUGAAUCUGUUGAAGAGAGAGGUAUUGUGGUUGAAAGAAUGAUUGAUGAGAUUGCAUUUGAGAAGUUUGGGCUGACCAAGUUAUUGCAAGAAAGAAGUCUGUACAAGUCUGCAACAUUUCCAGAAAGUUACAGUUUGUCUCUAGUGCAAGAAUUUUACAGUAAUUUGCUGUCAUCUGACAAAGGUAUCACGAGAGUCUAUGUUCGAGGUAAGUGGAUUCCUUUUACUCCCGCUUGUCUGAACAGAUUCCUGGAGUUUAAAUCUGAGGUGAAAGGUAACUAUGAAGAAGGGUUUGAGUUGAAUGAAGAGGUUUUGAAAGAAAUUACUAGAGGAAGGACAGAGUCAUGGGGAGAAGAAACAAGGCUACCGGCUUCCAUCCUCACAGCCAAGUACAAUGUUCUGUUUAAACUUGGCAUUCAGAAUUGGAAGGGCGAAGCAGUCAUAGUAGUGAAGAAGCUGAAGAUUUCUCAGAAGCUGUUCAUCCUAGGUAAAAAGAUUGAUUUACCUGUAGGAAGGGUGUCUCCACCACCAAUGCCUGAAGAUGAAGAAGAAGCAAAUCUAUUGGAUGAAGAAGAAUAUGAGAAGAUGUUGAAAAAGCAACUAGAAGAUGAGGAGAGAAGGCAACGAGCAUUAUUUGCAGAAUUGUUCAUCAUUGCCCGACAGAAGCAGAAGAUUCUAUCUCGCCUGGAAAUUCUUGAGAAGAAGAAGAAGAGAGAAGAUGAUGGCCACGAUUCAGGGGGAGAUGAAGACCAGGAAGCCUGA